AUAGAAUUUAUCGAGACGGGCCCGGAAGAAAUUAUUAUUUAAGCGAGAAAUUAUUAAUUUAUCGAGGUUCUGCUAUCUAAUUAAUGUAUGUGUGCAUAUGGCGCAUGCAUGCAGGUGGGAAGUGAAGCUAGACAGAACCUCGGACUGGCUAGCAAUAGUCGGAAACAUAGCCUUUGUGUUUCUCUUCUUCCCGGUGACACGUGGCUCGUCGGUGCUGCCGCUAUUUGGGCUGACAUCGGAGGGUAGCGUUAAAUAUCACAUAUGGUUGGGCCAUAUCGUCAUGACACUUUUCACCGCGCAUAGCUUCGGUUACGUAAUCUAUUGGGCUAGUGUCCGUAAAUUGCAUAAAUUGCUCGAAUGGAAGAAAACCGGCUUUUCGGCCAUCGCCGGCGAGUUAUCCCUAGUGGCGGGGUUAAUACUGUGGGCCACCACAUUCCCGAGGAUAAGGAGAAAAAUGUUCGAGGUGUUCUUCUACACGCACCACAUGUACAUUCCGUUCGUCGUCUUCUUCAUAUUCCACGUGGGAAUCAACUACGCGUCCAUGAUGAUUCCCGGUUUCUUCCUCUUUGUUAUCGACCGUUACCUCAGAUUCUUGCAAUCUAGGUCAAACGCUCGUCUCUUGUCCGCUAGGGUUCUUCCUUGUCAAGCUGUCGAGCUCAACUUCUCGAAGACCACAGGUUUGAGUUACGGUCCGACGAGCAUUAUAUUCUUGAAUGUCCCGACAAUUUCGAAGAUGCAGUGGCAUCCAUUCACCGUUAGCUCGAGCAGCAGUCUCGAGUCUGAUACGCUAAGUGUCAUAAUCAAAGGAGAAGGAAAAUGGUCUAAUAAGCUCUACCAAUUGCUCUCUUCUUCGAUCGAUCGUCUCAAUGUUUCAAUCGAAGGGCCUUACGGGCCCGCUUCAACCGACUUCCUAAGGCACGAGCUUUUGGUGAUGGUGAGUGGAGGAAGCGGCGUAACCCCGUUUAUAUCGAUCAUCCGCGAGCUAAUCUACACAAGCAAGAAUAUGAAAUGCAAAACGCCCGAAAUUCUACUAAUCACCUCAUUCAAGAACUCAAACGACUUAACCAUGCUCGAUUUAAUCCUCCCUCUCUGCGGUGCUCCAUCAGAGUUUCCAAAUUUGGACUUAAAAAUCGAGGCGUACGUAACAAGAGAGAAAGCGGCCCCACCUAAAGAACAAGAAAAUACGAAAAUCCGAACCGUGUGGCUCAAGCCCAACCCAUCCGAUGCACCAAUAUCUCCGAUUUUAGGCCCAAAUAGCUAUUUAUGGCUCGGUGCUAUAAUCUCAUCUUCCUUUAUCAUUUACCUUAUUUUCAUCGGUAUUUUGACGAGAUAUACUAUAUACCCCGUUGAUCGUAACACGAACAAGAUAUACUCGACUUCUUCAAGAGCCUUGCUCCACAUGCUAUUCCUAUGCAUCGGCAUAUUUAUCGCUGCAACUUCGGCUUUUUUGACGAACAAGAGUAGAAAUGCAAGGGAGAUAACUUCACAGAUACAAAACAUGGAGGGGGCCACUCCCCAAGCCUCGCCGAAUUCGUCGUUUUAUUAUAACGCGGAUAGAGAAUUGGAGAGCUUGCCUCAACAGUCGAUAUCGCAGUUGAUUAAUUUGCAUUAUGGUGAAAGGCCGGAUCUUAAGAGUAAGUUACUAAAGAUCAUGGAAUAUAAUUUGCAUGCAUGCACUUUUUUUGAAAAAAUAUUUGUUUCUCAUGAAUUUUUUUUUUUUUGUAGAAAUUUUGUUCGAGCGAAAAGAAUUGAGCGUUGGGGUACUCGUUUGUGGCCCGAAGAAAAUGAGACAUGAGGUGGCGAAUAUAUGCUCGUCUGGUUUGGCUGCUAAUCUGCAUUUCGAGUCCAUUAGCUUCGGUUGGUGAUUUUUUACUAUAAAGAU